AUGUCACAUCUGCCAUCAGGCGCCGACACGAUGCGCCGCCUCUCCCACGACCUGGCGGAGCCGUCGCGCAAUAUCGAAGAGUCAAACGGGGCGCCGGCGGACCAUGAAAUGGAAGAUACACUCGAUCUCUCCAUGCCUCCUCCCGAUGAGGAAGACGAUGUCCUAGAUGACGACUCCAGAAUUUAUACACCCCCUCCCCACAUUGCCGCUCGCUUUUAUCGCCCAACGCAGGCUCGUCGCAGAGAUUCGGCUGCCUCGUCGCGCCGCAAUUCAAUCUCGUCUGCUCACUCGCGAUGCUCUUCUAUUCAACCAUCAAGUCACCGAGGAGGUGAACAGAGCAAGCAUGUCGCCCAGCAUCUUCGCCGCGCCUCUUUUCUUGAGGACCGCAGGGCGCGACUUGCCGAUCGAGCGGCGCAUGCCGAAAAGGUUCGCCUUCGAGCGGCCCUGGCCAAAGCGACUCAUCGAGAUACUUCACUAUCGGAGGAGCGAGCCAUAGCGGCACAGCAGGCCAGGGAGCGCAAUUUGGCAGAGAUUGUCGCCAAUUGUGCGGAUGAGGUCAAGAAGGCAAAGCAGGUUGCCGAAUUUAUGAAGGAGAAGCGAGAGCAGGACAUUUCCCGAUUGAAGGCUCAGAUCGAGGAGCGAAUGGCUGAGGCAGAAAGACGAAGGGAAGAAUUACGAACCAAGAAUGCGUCUAAACGGAGUCGCGGGCAGAGUAUCAUGGCAAGGAAGCCCACAGAUCCCAUGCCCGAUGCCGAGCAAGAGAGACGCAAGCUCACGGAAGAUGAGGCCGCAAGGAGCAUCCAAUGGUGGUGGCGUGGCUGCCUCCGAAAGAGAGCCAUCUCCGAGUUCAACAACCUCGGCUUGACCGUGGAUGGCAUUAGAGAUACACACUUCGAUACUGUCGUUGAGCUCCUGGCUCAGGAGCGGGUUCUUGUCAUCACGGCACAAUUGCUUAGACUGUGUGGUCUUGAGGAGGGUGAAACUGGUUCGGUUGGCGAGAUGACAGCCGUUCGCACGUUUCUCAGUGCCUUCUUGAUCCUUGGCCAUCCCAAUCAAGUUCUCAGCAACAAAAACGACAGUGGUGAUGAAGACGUCGUUGAUGUACUCAAUUCUCAUCGAUUGCCUUCUACGGACCUUGCCAAUCCUCAGUUGCAAGGCUUGGUGGGCAAGGCCCGUGACUUGCUCAUUUCUUUUGAGAAUACCCUCUCUCGCUUGACGUCCGCCAACAAAUACACUAUGCCACCUGCACUCAAGAAGAAACUUCCUGAGGCGUAUGCCACUUUCUACAACGCUUUCAUCGCUUGGAAAUCUCGGGACUCUAAUGCAUUGAUUGAGGUCAUGCUUAUGCAGUUUGUCGAACUUGACGCGAUCUACCAUACCGUCAAGGAUACAACUGACGAUGCUGCUACAGCUCUUUACAAGAAGAGCAUCCAAGACAACCAGUUGAUGCUCAUAGUGCGGAUCAAGAAACUAGCAGGUGCAGAUAAGGGCAAAGAUAUGAUAUUCAAGGCGGUUGCUCAAGCCCGCAAAGAUCGACUUGCCAAGAAGAAGACCGGAGACACAAAGCCCCGUGUGGCUGAGCACGCACCCGGGGAAGCAACUGAGACAGCUAAAAGUCUGGUCUCAUCCGAGUCUCAAACACUGACUCCUCCUGCGACACCAGCCAGCAAAGCCCAGGAGAAGGCACCUGCGCCCAAGACAGGCCUCAAUGGUCUAUUGCCUAACAACAGGAUUGUGGUGCAUGAGCUGGCCAUCAACAAGGAAUAUCAACUCUCGCCUGACGAAUACCGAGAACAGCAAUCGGAGCGUUCGAAAUAUAUAUAUAUGAAGAUGCGGACCACUAUGACAGAUGACAACAGUGGAAUUAAUUUCCAAGUUUUUGCUCUUAUCGCGAGCUACAUCAAGGAAAGGCUCCAGCGUCUGCUCAAGCCGGGCAACUCCAUGUAUAACCUUAUCGGUGAAAUUCUGGACCCCGAGAUGGCAGAGCGACAAUUCGCCCUCGGCAACUUCUCAUACGAGAAAUUCUUCACUGCGAUGUCGUCACUUCUGCCCAAACUAUGUGCCCCUUUUCGCGAUGAAGAGGUUCAGGACUUGAUCCAGAACAAACUUGCAGAUGGCGACAUCAUCGAUCGAGUUGAGGCCCUCAACGGAUUUAUUGAUGUAAUGCUCUGCGACUACAUCAACUAUCUUUUGCGAACUGCUGCACCUCAGCUUAUCCAAUCCGCGGCACCAUAUGAAUCUAAGAGGUUCGCUGAGGAUUUUGAGAAAGGCGAGCUUGGCCUCGCUGCAGCCGAGGCGACGUGGAAGGCUUCGCGAGCAAAGGUUCUUGCAGAAGUUCAGAAGAGGGACCCAGAGGGAAUCAACCAUACGAGGUCGCGACCAAAUGCUGGAAAGUUCUAUGCGCAGAUGCUCGUGGACAUCUUUACCAGGAUCUCUCCCCCGCCCAUUGAGGAGGUUCCAGAGAUGCUUCGUCUAGAUUACAACCGCAUCGGCCAAGUAUCUACCACUAUCCAGCGGGUUAUUACCGCUGGUGCUGUUCUGCUGCAGUGCAAGAACCUCUUGAAGCGGGAUGUUCGUUCUUCAUGGAAGAUGGAAGCAACACGCAUCAUGGCUGUUCUCGAGGCUGGCCAUCCCCUCCAAGCCACUGUGGACGGUGUGAUGGCUGCCCUUGAGUCUGGACGUUCCAUGCCGACGGCUACCAAGAGCCACCUCCGCGCUCUUGUUACCAAGGUUCUGACUGCCAGUCAAGACAUGGCACAGAACGGAAACGAGCCUAGAGAACCUGUCUUGCGACUAUUGCUCACCCGCCUUCGUAGCAACAUUCUUGCCCGCCUCGCUGCAGGAUCAGCAAGCGAGAAGGUCAAGGCGGCCAACACGGCUGGCGAGAAGCUAGCCAGUCUCGGACUUUCUGAGUUUGUUGAUCGAGUUAGAGAGAUUUCGAACUUACUGGAGAAGAUUGGAACAGUUGACAGAGCAGCCCAUGGGCCUUGGUGGGAUGCCGUGGCGACAAAGGUUGAGCAAGAAGAGAUGUCGACAUAG